GAUACAAUUAAAAAAGAAUGUUCUAUAAAUAGAUGAAAUAAUGUAAGCAAAACUCACAAAGUAUAGGGACAGAAAUAUUAUUUGGGGAAAGAGAGAGAAGCCGGUGCCUUCUGUCUUGGCAGGACUCACUCUUUCACUGUUGUAAAAUAAAACUCGCUGAUUCAGAUUCCACUCCAACUCUCUUCCUUGUCGGCUCUACUCGCCGUUUCAACUAUCCUUACUCCUCCCACUGCUAUUCUUUUCCAUUUCCGAGUGAGUUUUUUUUCCUCGUUUUCUCCUCCCCUUUUUGGUUUUGUUUUUUUCUCUAUCUGAUGACUAUCUGGUUAGUUAUGGAUUCCGUGUAUCAUUUGGUUUGUUUUGGUGAGGAAUGAAAGAGAAAAAUGAGGUAUUGUUCUUGCAUGAGUCCACAUUAAUUCCAUUUCAAUUAUUUCUUGGAUGAACCAUAGGGAAAUUGAUACGCUCACUCUAAAAAAGUAAACAAGGAAAACCCAUUUUGUUUCUGCUUGUAGAUCUUUAAAAUUUGUAGUCUAGUUCAGUCAUAUUGAUACGGGUGAGAGUUUUGAUUAGGAUUUUUCUCGGGGAAUAAAAUGGACCCAUCUGUAAAUGGUAAUGAUUUCAAGAACAAUAAUUGCAUUGAUAAUUUGGUAGCUGUAAAAAGGUCAUUAAAGCUUAGCUUAGAGAAAUCGAAAACCCUAGGUUUGGCUCUUGAAAAGGCUGGACCAAGGUUAGAGGAGAUCAACCAAAGAUUGCCUUCCCUAGAAGCUGCUGUCCGCCCAAUUCGUGCCGACAAGGAUGCUCUUGUUGCUGUUGGGGGCCACAUUAACCGAGCCGUGGGCCCUGCUGCAGCAGUGCUUAAGGUUUUUGAUGCCGUUCAUGGACUUGAAAGGUCCCUACUAUCAGAUCCUAGGAAUGAUCUUCCUGGGUAUUUAUCGGUGCUGAAACGCCAUGAGGAGGCAUUAAGGUUUCUGGGUGAUAAUUGCGGUUUGGCAAUUCAAUGGUUGGAAGACAUAGUUGAGUAUUUGGAGGAUAACAGAGUUGCUAAUGGACGGUACCUUUCAAAUCUGAAGAAAUCACUCAAGGGUCUGAGGGAGUUGAAAAAUGAUGGGGAAAGAAUACAUCUUGAUGGUGGACUUUCACGUGCUGCAUUAGAUAAACUGGAACAUGAGUUUAGACGACUAUUGAUGGAGCACAGCGUGCCACUUCCAAUGUCAUCUCCAUCACUGGGCGAACAAGCAUGCAUUGCACCGUCCCCUUUACCUGUAACUGUUAUUCAGAAGUUGCAGGCAAUUCUUUGUAGGUUGAUUGCUAAUAAUAGACUUGAGAAGUGCAUUACGAUCUAUGUUGAAGUUCGUAGUUCAAAUGUCAGAGCUAGUUUGCUGGCACUUGAUUUAGAUUAUCUUGAAAUCUCAGUCUCCGAAUUUAAUGAUGUGCAGAGCAUAGAAGGGUAUAUUGGACAGUGGGGAAAACAUUUGGAGUUUGCAGUGAAGCAUUUGUUUGAGGCAGAGUUCAAACUUUGCAAUGACAUUUUUGAGAGGAUUGGCCUGGAUGUUUGGAAGGGAUGCUUCAGCAAAAUUACUGCACAAGCUGGUAUUCUUGCUUUUCUUAAGUUUGGGAAGACUGUUACCGAGAGUAAGAAAGAUCCUAUUAAGCUUCUGAAGUUAUUGGAUAUAUUUGCAUCUCUGAACAAAUUGAGAUUGGAUUUCAACCGGCUCUUUGGCGGAGCAGCAUGUAUUGAGAUCCAAAACCUGACAAGAGAUCUCAUCAAAAGGGUGAUCGAGGGUGCAGCUGAAAUUUUCUGGGAACUCUUUGUUCAGGUGGAAUUACAGAGGCAGAGUCCCCCUCCUCAGGAUGGGAGUGUUCCAAGAUUGGUGAGCUUUAUAACUGAUUACUGCAAUAAAAUUCUUGGUGAUGAUUAUAAGCCAAUCCUGACCCAAGUUCUGGUCAUUCACCGAAGUUGGAAGCAUGAAAAAUUCCAAGAGAGGAUUCUUCUUAACGAGGUUUUGAAAAUAAUUAAGGCCGUUGAUUUGAAUUUGGAAACAUGGGUGAAGGCAUAUAACGAUACCACCUUGUCGUGUCUUUUUGCCAUGAACAACCACUGGCAUCUGUUCAAACAUUUAAAGGGGACAAGACUUGGAGACCUCAUGGGAGAUUCUUGGUUGAGGGAGCAUGAACAGUACAAGGAGUAUUAUUCCACUGUCUUCUUAAGAGAGAGCUGGGGAAAACUCCCUGGUCAUUUAAGCCGGGAAGGUUUAGUUCUGUUCUCAGGUGGCCGUGCCACUGCUCGUGAUCUUGUAAAGAAAAGGCUGAAGUCUUUUAAUGAAGCUUUUGCUGAUAUGUAUAAGAAGCAGUCUAGUUGGGUUAUCUCAGAAAGAGAUUUGAGGGAGAAGAUGUGCCAACUGAUAGUGCAGACAGUGUUGCCUGUCUAUCGAAGCUAUAUGCAGAAUUAUGGGCCAUUGGUAGAGCAAGAUGCAAGUUCCAGUAAGUAUGCAAAGUACACAGUGCAGGGGUUGGAGCAAAUGCUCCUUUCUCUUUUUCUGCCAAGGCGGGAAAGGUAUGGCAGUUUUAAAGCUAGGCCAACCAGCGGCAAAUUUGAUAAUGGGAUAGAUCUACGACGUACUGCAUCUGCAGUUGUGUGAUUGUCUAAUUAUUUUAUUUUUGGUGUGGUUAACCUAGGAGGAAAAUGUUGUGCAUUUUCCCCAUGUUUUAGAGGGUUAAUCUUUUUAUCUUGUACACAUUGAUGUUCUGAAGGCGUGGAACUAUCCAGUUCGAUAUCAUAUUUCAUCCUUUGCCCUUGGACAGCAGUUCCUUUAGACAUUGUCAUUUCAUUACUCAAGGAUCAAGUUUUAUGAGUUGCCAGAAUCUGAUGAGAAACAGUUUUGCUCUGUCAACUGCAAAGCAAAUGGACGGUCCCGGAUUUGAAAAUGAAGGAUUAUGUUGGGUCCCGGAUUUGAAAAUGAAGGAUUAUGUUGGGUUCGUUGAUAAUAAUACUUAAGAUUUUUAUCUUCGUUGGGCGGCUGUGAUGGGCCUUGUUUUAGUGGCAAAUAUGAAAUUAUGGGAAAAUCUUAUCCUCUGGACGUCCUUUUUAUUCCUUAGGGUGGAUGAUCAUUGUAUAUGCCGGAGGAGCUACAGAACCCUGUAGUCAAAAUCAACACCAAAGCUUUCCCAGAUGGGAAAAUCAAAGUCAUUUGCGAAUCUCUCGGAUAUAAGCUCAGUGAAAGAUCUGCAGAAGGCAGAGAACCCAUUGAACAAAAGGAGGAGGUUAUUAAUCGCGGACAAGUGGUCCAGGAAGUAAUCUGGCUGCAAAACUCCAACUCCAUGCCCCAUCUUGCUUUGAAUGAAGUCCAUGAAGAUAGAGAGCAUAAAGAAACGCCAUCAUCAUGAUAAAAUAUCAGUAGCAGCAACCAAACCAAAAUUGCGGCAAAGCAAAGCCAAAGGCCACUUAAGUCGCAGAGUUGUUUUUCUCUUAACACAUCUGCAAGUAGAACAUCGACAACACUUUGCUUUUAGUGCUUUUAGCGUGAAAAUGCUUUAUUUAGAAAUAGUAUUAAUAACAAGAAGGCAAAAAAAAGAAGAUCCUGAAAGUGGUAGCCAUUUCUGAGAGAGAACGAGAGAGAGAGUCAAUGCAUUAUGUAGAAAAUAGAUUUUUGUGGGAUAGAAAGUUGUAAAACAUGCAUGCAUAUAAACAUUAAGCUUUGUUUCAAAUUCAUAAAUGUCAGAUUGAUUGAUGUUAGCUAACGUCAUUCAUUUCGAAUGAAAUAUCUGACCUACCUCAUUUUAACUUUUCAAUUAUGAAAGGGGCGGG